AGCUCUGUCAUGCAUCCGCCAACGGUGGGGUAUCCGAUGCUUUGGCGAUAUAACAAUCUGGACAAGUCCUUUUUGCUGGAGUUGAGCUAGGCUGCGUGAUCUUGAGUCGCAUCACCACGUCCACGCCCAGCCCAGCCACCAUGCCUUCUGCCAUUGUCAUCAAGCAGGUUCCUGGCAAGCCGGACCAGGUCUACUACCCGCUCGAGAAGAUCACCGUCCCAGAGCCAAAGCCCGCGGACAACGAGGCCGUCAUAACUCUCACAGCAGCUGCGCUCAACCACCGCGACCUCUUCAUCCGCCAGCACCUCUACCCCGGCACUGCCUUUGGCGUCCCGCUCCUCGCAGACGGCGUCGGCGUCGUGACAUCUGCCGGCUCCUCCCCAGCAGCCCAAGCAUGGCUCAACAAGCGCGUCGUCCUGAACCCCGGCACGGGCUGGAAGAAUGACCCCGAAGGGCCAGAGCACCCCAAGGGAUAUGCCAUCAUGGGCGGCACCAAGUCCAACCCCAGAGGCACGCUGCAGGACGUGUGCGCCAUCGACGUGGCCGAGCUGGAAGAGUGCCCGGAGCACCUCAGCGACGAGGAAGCUGCUGCCCUUCCCCUCACCGGCCUCACCGCAUGGCGCGCAUUCCAAGUCAAGAGCGGGAAUGCCGUCGCCGGUAGAAACAUUCUGAUCACGGGCAUUGGCGGCGGCGUCGCCCUCAUGGCCUUGUCCUUUGCCGUCGCACGCGGCUGCAACGUCUACGUCACAAGCGGAAACCAAGACAAGAUUGACAGGGCAGUCAAGCUGGGCGCAAAGGGCGGUGUCAUCUACAAGGAAAAAGGCUGGGAUAAGAAGAUCAAGGCCCUGCUGCCAAAGGACAGGCCCUAUCUCGAUGCCAUUAUCGACGGCGCCGGCGGCCAUGUCAUCGCGGCUGGAACCAAGCUCCUCAAGAACGGCGGUGUCAUAUCCGUGUACGGCAUGACCGUCUCCCCCAAGAUGGACUUCCUCAUGAGCGCCGUGCUGCGCAACAUUGAGGUCCGCGGCUCGACCAUGGGCUCGCGCAAAGAGUUUGCCGAAAUGAUACAGUUUGUGCGCGACACCAAGAUGAGGCCCGUGGUCAGCCGCAGUGUCCAUGGCAUGGACCUUGCCAAGAUCGAGACUCUCUUCGACGACAUGAAGAACGCGACCCAGUUUGGAAAGCUGGUCAUUACGCUUGGAAGCGCCAAAGCUAGCAAGUUGUGAGGAUAUGAAUAUCGUCGUCAAUUUGUAGCCCUUUAUGAUGUAUCUAUACCACAUGAAACUGUACACCAUCCGAGAAGUAGGAUACGUCUUUUUUCUCUCUUUCUCCUUUUCCUGGCAAAAGGAAAUAUCCAACUAGCUGUCGCAACUACCGCGGAUCGUCUCGUCAAUUUCCACGAAACACCUCAACGCUUGUCUGGGAGAUCUUCAUCUCAAACGGGACAUGCAUGAA